UCUCUUAUUUUAAAUUUUUUUGAAAAUAAAUAAAUAUCUAUUGAAUUUGAAGGUAGGAAGUAUUGGAAGAAAGUGAGGCCAACCAUAGUGCUAAAUUUUUGGUUUGGGGAUAGAUAGAGUGAUAGGCACAUCACACACACUUCAGAUUUCUCGGAGAAAAUAAUAAUAAUAAUGGCAGCAGCAGCAGCAGCCACGGUGCUACUCCCACAUAGGAUUUCGACCACCAACAACGUUGCCCGUUGCUCUGCUUUGCCUUCUCUGCCACCGCGCUUCUCCACCACCACCCCUUUGUCUUCAGCUUCCCUCAAACACGUUUUAGUGUCCCGAAAACCUUCUCUGCUUCAGACCAGAGCUUCUUCUGAGGAAACAUCUUCAGUGGAUGCUAAUGAAUUGUUCACAGAUUUGAAGCAAAAGUGGGAUGCUGUUGAAAACAAGUCCACAGUACUUCUUUAUGGUGGUGGAGCUAUUGUUGCUGUUUGGCUAUCUUCAAUUCUUGUUAGUGCCAUCAACUCGGUUCCUUUGCUUCCAAAGAUUAUGGAGUUGGUAGGGCUAGGAUACACUGGAUGGUUUGUCUACCGAUACCUUCUGUUUAAGUCUAGCAGGAAGGAGCUAGCUACAGACAUCGAAUCUCUGAAGAAGAAAAUUACUGGAACUGAAUAGAAUGGUAAUAGCAGGUACCAAGUCAAGUUUAUCUUCCUUGAACCCCAUUUGUUUUUGUAUUGCUGUAUCUGCCGUAUAAGAGUCUUAUGUAUCCCUUGAUGUAGAAUAGAAUUCUUCUCAACCUCUAUUUCCUUUGUAAUGACCCAUUUCGUUAUUAAAACAACGUGACAAAUUUUAUGUAUAUGGUUCUGAAUGGAAACCAUUAUCUUUGUACUA